GUCCUACGCGGCUUUUCGGACCAGAGUUGGGCAUGCGGCGCUCUGGUUACCCUACCGAUUCAUUCAGGAAUUCUUGUAGCGCUGGCAGGGGAGUCACUAAGAUUGGGGUCGACUUCCCUCCGCAUAUGAACCUCCGCCAGUACUAUGCUGUACAGAAUCCUUAAUAAUGUUUUUUGUCUUAAUGUUACCCAUAAAUCGUAAUUUCCGGGACAUGCAAAUGCCUCCCCCAAUCUGCAAGCCAACAGGACCUCAGGCAGAAGCGGGGCUGCUGGGUGAUCACUUCCUUCCCUCGGAUUACGGAGUCCCGGCUCUGGACAAGUGGCAUUGACCCAGCCCACUGAAGAUCUCCAGAGACCAUGUCCAAGAAAAGAAUUGCUGUGAUUGGGGCAGGGUCGAGUGGACUGACUUCUAUCAAGUGCUGCCUGGAAGAAGGUUUGGAGCCUGUCUGCUUUGAAGGGACAGAUGACAUUGGAGGGCUCUGGAGGUUCCAGGAGAAUCCUGAAGAAGGAAGGGCCAGUAUUUACAAAUCAGUGAUCAUCAAUACUUCUAAGGAGAUGAUGUGCUUCAGCGACUAUCUCAUCCCAGAUCAUUAUCCCAACUUCAUGCACAACUCCCACGUCCUGGAGUACUUCAGGCUGUACGCGAAAGAGUUUGACCUUCUAAAGUAUAUUCGAUUCAAGACCACUGUGUGCACUGUGAGGAAGAGGCCUGAUUUCCCUACUUCAGGCCAAUGGGAUGUGGUCACUAAGUCUGAAGGGAAAGAGGAGGUAAACAUCUUUGAUGGAGUCAUGGUUUGCACUGGCCAUCACACCAAUGCUCACCUACCACUGGAAAGCUUCCCUGGGAUUGAGAAGUUCAAAGGACAGUACUUCCACAGCCGGGAGUAUAAGAACCCACAGGUCUUCACUGGAAAGAGAGUCAUUAUAAUUGGCAUUGGAAACUCUGGAGGUGAUCUGGCUGUGGAGAUCAGUCACACAGCCAAGCAGGUUUUCCUCAGCACCAGGAGAGGGGCUUGGAUCCUGAAUCGUGUAGGGGAUCAUGGAUACCCUUUUGAUACAGUGUUGUCUUCUCGAUUUAGUUAUUUUUUGAAGAAGAUUAUUAGCCUAUCACUAAUAAAUGCAUUCCUAGAAAAAAAGAUGAACGAAAGGUUUGACCACGAAAUGUUUGGCCUGAAGCCUAAACACAGAGCUCUGGGUCAACACCCAACGAUAAAUGAUGACCUCCCAAAUCGUGUCAUUUCUGGCAUGGUGAAGGUGAAAGGAAAUGUGAAGGAAUUCACGGAGACAGCUGCCGUAUUUGAAGAUGGCUCCAGGGAGGAUGACAUUGAUGCUGUUAUUUUUGCCACAGGCUAUAGCUUUUCCUUUCCUUUUCUUGAUGACUCUGUCAAAGUGGUCAAAAACAAGAUAUCCUUGUAUAAAAAAGUCUUCCCUCCUAACCUGGAAAAGCCAACUCUUGCAAUUAUAGGUUUGAUCCAGCCCUUGGGAGCCAUUAUGCCCAUUUCAGAGCUCCAAGCACGCUGGGCCACUCAAAUAUUUAAAGGGCUAAAGACAUUGCCCUCACAAAGUGAAAUGAUGGCAGAAAUAUCUAAGGCUCAAGAGGAAAUAGAAAAAAGGUAUGUGGAGAGUCCACGCCAUACUAUUCAGGGAGACUAUGUAGAUACCAUGGAAGAACUUGCUGAUCUGGUGGGAGUCAGGCCCAAUCUGCUGUCCUUGGCCUUCAGUGAUCCCAAGCUGGCAUUACAGUUAUUUUGGGGACCCUGUACUCCAAUCCAUUAUCGUCUACAGGGCCCCGGGAAAUGGGAUGGAGCACGAAAAGCUAUCCUCGCUACAGACAAUCGUAUCAGGAAGCCUAUGAUGACAAGAGUAAUUGAAAGGAAUAACUCUACGACCUCAGGAAUGACAAUGGUCAAGGUUAUGCUGGCCAUUGCUUUCUUUGCUAUAAUUAUAGCCUAUUUUUAGCUGUCCUAUUGUCAUUGCCCCUGCUUUCACUGGGAAGCUAGUUCUAGAUACCUUCAGAACUUGAAGAAAUUGAAAAAUUCUCAGAUUCACAUUGCCCAGAAAUCUACUUUUCUUUUUCUUUCCAGAGUAUUAAUCUUCUUUCCUCUUUUCCUGCAGUAAUAUUCCCAGUUAUUCAUUCAGAUUGACUUACCUCCCUUCCUCUCGAGACCCAUCACUUUUUUUCCCAGUAAUCCUUAGAUUGUGAGCUCAGGUACUCUUUUAGUCAUCUUAUACAUCCUUAGCAGAGUUCUUGACAUGUGGGAGGUGCUUAAUAAAUGUUUGUUCUUGGUUAUCAGAUAUUAUGGUGGGGAGCAUAACUCACCAUCUGUGUAAGAACUGGAUGACUCUGUGUUACUCUGCUUCUAAUAGAUCUGAUUUUCUAUUAAAAACUCAAAUUUUGUUUGUUUUUAACAUUGUAGUUAAAUGUAUGUUUCCUGAGAGAGGAGAAAUCAUCAUCAUAUAAAAAUUAAAAAUCCAUUGCCAUCAAGCCAAUUCUGACUCAUAGUGACUGUAUAGGACAGAGUAGAAUUGCCCCACAGGGUUUCCCAGGAUCAGCUGGUGGAUUCGAACUGCUGACCUUUUGGUUAGCAGCCGAGCUCUUAACCACUGCACCACCAGGGCUCCUGUGGUCAUAUAGCAGUUGUAUAUAUCUGAAAUAAGACACAGACUUCAGACACUUUUGUUUCAUUUGCUGUUCCCUACCACCACCACAAAUCCCUAGUUGCCAUCAAGUCAACACCAUGUGUAUCUAAGUACAACUGUAGAAGGGUUUUCAAUAGCUGAUUAUCUGGAAACGGAUCAAUAGGCCUUCUUCCCAGGUGCCUCUGGGUAGACUCAAACCUCCAACUUUUUGGUUAGCAGCUAAGCCCAUUAACCUUUUGCACCACCCAGGGACUCCUGCGUUCCCUAGUGUACCUGAUAUUUUCCCUAAGCCAACAGACUUUAUUUCUCAAUGAAGAAACUACCUUCAGCUUUCUAGGCUCACAGGUCAUUCUAAUAAUCUAGCAGCUGCCAAUAGGUUCAACUUGGUUGAGAAACUUGAGAUUUUAAAUUCACUGUCCUAUCUGUUUUGAACUCUUAGUUUCCAUGUUUAUGAUCCAACGAGACUUAACCUUAGGAAGUAGGUUAAAUAGCUGCCAGCUGUUGUAGUGUGGCCUGCUCAUAUAAUUUGAUUUGCUUCCCCUCUCCCUUGCUUUUUCCACCCUCAUCCCUUCCCCUGAAUGAAGUAUAAGUAAUAAGUAUUCAAAGAGAUCAUUUAUGUAUGUUAAAAAAGGAAACUGAGGUCCACAUUGACAGAUUCCUCUGAGUGCAUAUGAAAUGUCAGAGGUCACUGAUGAAUGUGGAAUGUACCCAAGAACAGAUAAACAGGAACAAAGAAGACACAGCAGAGAUACAGUGAUCAUAAAAUCAUGCAAACCCCCCUUCAUGACAAGACAUCUGUUAACCACGAACUUGCAUGAAGUUUACCUUGUGCAAAGAAUUUAACUUUACCCAAAGUAACCUGCUUUUUGCCCUUGUUUCCAGAAAAGACUAACUCUAAACCUUUGAAGUUUCCUGAUAAUUGAGAUACCUUUACUGUGCAAAUGAACGGGGGCUGGCCAGGCCACAAGGACUACCAGGUAGCCCCACGAAGGAAAAGGAGCACAAUUCAGUUAUGCUAAAGCUCAGGAAAUGGUUAAUCUUCCAUUUUGUAGUUCCUCUCUUUUCUCCUUAAAAGUUUGUAAUUAAUCUACAAUGAACCCUCCUAUUUUCUGAAAAGAGACGUCUCCCGGCAUGUAUACAGAUUAACUGCUGGAAUAAACCCUAAAUGCUUUAAUUUCUUUGUGCUUUGAUUAUUUUGACAUGUAUUAAUUUAGAGUUGACAUUUACUAAACGUAUGGGCAUUCUGCUUAUUUUUCUUAUGUCAUCCAGUGUAAUUCUGAAAAACAGAACAAACAAAAUGGAAAGCAGGGACUUGGGUUUGU